CACUGCAGCCAAUCAUAUCUCGGGAAACAGAGCUCGGGGCUCAACAGCUUGUUGUUCGUGUAUCGCUUUUGCAGCCCGAGCUAGAGAGGAAGCAACGGCGUAUGAUAAUUGACCCGAAAUCCUUCGAGCUGGAACCCCUGGACUAGCCGGAGAGAUGAAGGCAGCAGAUGAGCCUGCCUACCUGACAGUGGGGACAGAUGUCAGUGCCAAGUACAGAGGAGCCUUCUGCGAAGCCAAAAUCAAGACUGUUAAACGCAUGGUCAAGGUCAAGGUGACUCUGAAAGGUGAAAGCACGUCCCAGGUAGUGCAGGACGACCAGGUCAAAGGUCCUCUGAGGGUGGGCUCCACUGUGGAGGUGAAGACCAGUGAGGGUCUGAGCAGUGAGGCCGUCAUCAGUAAGCUGACAGAUGCCAGCCUCUACACUGUUGUCUUUGAUGACGGUGAUGAGAAAACUCUGCGUCGAUCAUCCCUGUGUCUGAAGGGAGAGAGGCAUUUUGCAGAAAGCGAGACGUUGGACCAGCUGCCGCUGACUAACCCAGAGCAUUUCGGCACCCCGGUCAUCGGGAAAAAGUCRAACAGAGGCGGAAGACGCUCGUCCCAGGCCGUAGCUGAUGAGGAGAACGAGACUUCAUCGAGCGAAGAAGAGGACGACGACAAGAAGAGGCUGACCGAUGGGCUGCUGGGUCAGAUCUGCAGCAUAGAGAACACAGAGGAGUCCACUGAUUGGUUCAUGGCUCUGGUGGUGUCUCCCAGCUGCAGUGAUGAGCUGCUGGUGAAGAAGGAUCAGUGUCUGGUCAGGUCCUUCUGUGAUGGCAAAUUCUACACUGUGGGGAGGAGACACGCUCACCUGGUCAACGCCAUCAGCGUUAGCAAGCCAGAUUUUUCCAACAGAAGAGGUAUUGAAGGAGCCCAGAUGUUUCUGAGGAGCAGAGAGGUUCCAGAAGCGUGGAAGAUGGAUAUGAGUCAGAUUCUAGACUCUUCCUCCAGUGAAGAUGACAAAGAUGACAAGGAGAGUGAGGCAGAGGAGGACGAAGAGGAGACUGAGGAUGAAAAGAGAAAGAAACACAUCAAGGAAGAGCCAGAGGAGGAGGCAGACCCUGAGGAGAAGGAGAACUUCCUCCAGCAGCUCUACAAAUUCAUGGAGGACAGAGGCACUCCCAUCAACAAGCCCCCGGUGUUGGGCUACAAAGACCUGAACCUCUUCAAGCUCUUCAGGCUGGUCUACCACUUGGGAGGCURUCGCAAGAUCGAGUCUGGCACCGUGUGGAAGCAGGUCUACAUGGAUCUGGGGAUCCCUGUUCUCAACUCGGCUGCAUCCUACAAUGUUAAGACAGCCUACAAAAAGUAUCUGUCUGGGUUUGAGGAGUACUGCUGUUCUGCCGGCAUCACCUUCAGAACCAUCCACCACAACAACCCCCCRCCCAAUCACAAGAAAGCUAAAGUUGAGCUUAAGGAGGCCUUCACAGUGCCCAUCAAGUCAGAGUCUGCUGAUGACAAGAGGGARGAGGUUGACUCMGAGAGCGAGAGCGAAAAGGAGGUGAAGGAGAGACAUUCGUCACCCAGGGGGAGGAGAAGAGGUGUGGGCAGUCGGGGCAAACUGCCCCCCAAGCCAGAGAACCCUGGACGGGGAGGGGCAGAGAACAGUGAGGAGCAGCAGAGAGAGGUGAGGAGGCGCAGCAACAGACGACUGGACGACUCCGAGAAAGGCUCUGACGAUGAGGAAGAGGACGACGAUGACGAGGAAGAAGAAGGGGAGGAGGAGAGAAGACGACAUGGNNNUGAAGAUGAAGAGGAUGGAGACUCUUUGGCAGGAACCAAGGUCAGAGUGAAAUACGGCAGAGGAAAAACCCAGAAGAUCUAUGAGGCCCACAUCAAGAAGACGGACAUAGACAAUGGAGAGCAGUUCUACCUGGUUCACUACUACGGCUGGAAUGUUAGGUAUGAUGAAUGGGUGAAGGCUGACCGCAUCAUCUGGCCUGCAGAGAAAGGAACCAAGAAGAGGCAGAGGAAAAAAGUCAAGAACAAAGACAAGGAAGACUCAGARAAGGGAGAAAAGGAUGACGAGAAGCCAGCUUCCUUAACACCUCUGAAGCCAACAGGCUUGAAGCGUGGCCGCCCUCAGACCAGGCCCACGCCCAGCGGCCCGGCGGGACGCAGCGUGUCCAAAACCCCCAGCAGCGAGGGCCAGGCCAAUGGGAAGAGYUCUCGGCCCGACGCCACGCCCAGCCUGGCCAAUGGGAAUGACACRCCUCGCAGGAGAACCAGAAGGACUUCUGGCCUGUACGAGUCCGACCCACCGUCUAACGAGGAUUCUGGGAACUCGUCUGAUGACAGCGACGCAGACGACACCCUGGAGAAAACUGACAAACCGUCGCCGUGGCGAGGGAGAUCYGAACCUCAAACCUGUGAACCAGAUGAGGAGCCAGCCCUGCCUGAGGAAGAGGAAGAAGAGGAGGAGGAGGAGGAAGAGGAGGAGGAGGAGGAGGAGGAGGAGACGAGGGAGCAGUCUGUGGCUGAGACUGCUGCCGACGGCAAUAUGGCGUCCUCAGGAGCUGGUGCUGUGCUGACGGAGGACCUGGACGACCCCGACGAGAAAGACAAGCCCCCUCUCUCUUCAGAGCCCCUCCUCAUGAUGCGGGAGCAGAAACAGGCUCCUCCCACUCUGCCCCUCGCUGUYCACCCCCCCCACCCUGCCCAGCCUCAGGUCAGGCCCUUCUUGAUGACUGCCAUUCCCCCCGUCUGUCCAGAGGAGCUCCACCCUGCGAAGGACCCGACUGAGGCYGAGGAGGAGCGGGGGCCAGUCCGGGGUGAGCAGGGGGGCGACUCCAGCCCCGGCUUCGAGGGCAGCACUUCAUCCUCCUCCUCCCUGCUGUUCAUGCAGGAACCUAAGGACAGAGGUCAGAAGAGGGUGAAUGACGUAAAUUCCAGCCCAACUGCCAAGAAACACAAACGGAACCAGAAACGGACCCUGACCCCGGCCAAGGCCGACAAGAAUGGAGCAGGACACAGCAGUGACAGUGAGGACCAGUCUCGGCUCUCGUCCUUGUCCAAAUCCCAGAAAUCUCGUUGUCCUGGUCUGUCGUCUCCGUCUGCACACAGUAAAGAUAAACACAGCUCCCCCUCCCCCCAGCGUUCCUACAAGUGGACCCUGCAGCUUGACGAGCUGGACAACAUGUCGAGCACAGAGAGGAUCUCCUUCCUGCAGGAGAAGCUGCAGGAGAUCAGRAAGUAUUACAUGAGCCUCAAGUCUGAGGUGGCCUCCAUCGACAGACGCAGGAAGAGACUAAAAAAGAAGGAGAGAGAAGUGUCCCACACGACGGCGUCCACCUCCUCAGGGUCCUCAGACACAGGCAUGAGUCCGUCCUCAGCCUCGCCCGCUCAGAACACCGUGGCGGUGGAGUGCAGGUGAUGACACGCCCACUCCCACCCCCUGACCCUUCACCCCACAGACUUUCCCCACUUAAGUCAGCUGUGAGGACACUGCAGAGGAUGGCAUGUCGCUGUGACAUGGGACCCCGCACUUCUUCCCAGCAGUGGAGGAGGAGCCGCACAAAGAGGCCCCGCCCACUUCACCUGAUGGCUGACUUUGUUUGAGGAGCCGGCCUUUUGUUGCACUGGUGCAGAACUCUUCCUGUCUCCCCUCCCUCCCCUGCAGGGUGCCAAUACUUGUUCUGGUUCCAGAACCAUCUCUCCUGUCCUUUGCUUUCAGGGUCAGCGGUCAGUAAAGAACCGACGGCUGGCCGCCAUUUUUAACCUUAACUGAGAAAUGUAGGUGAGGAAGAAGACGGGCUUCCAGUUUCAGUUUUAUCUUCUAUCCAAUCAAAGUUUUUAUUUUAAUAAGAUGGUGAGAAAAAAAAAAUUGAACUUUUAGUUCUUAUGUAAAUUAAAUGUAAUAUUCUGAAGCUCCUUUUGUAUUUAUUGGCUUUGUGGACAGAAUUUCUUAUAUUCAGGGUUUUUUUCCCCUCUUUUUAUUUAGAUAAAUUUUGGACAAAAUUUCUUACAUAAAGUUAAAUUUAAGUUGAAACUCUUAAGCAUUUCUGAGGUACAAUUAGAUUUCUUGAAAUGAAAUCUCAUAACUGACCCAACAUCAGUUCACAAAAUUUCAAACUGUGUAAAUGAAAUGUGACCAUAAGCAUCAAGAAUGCAUAAAAUGAGAAGUUAGGAAUCUUCCUGCUUCUGGACCCCAACUUGGCACUGACCCGCUCUUCUCCUGUUCGGUUCUGCAUCAGGCUCAGACAGACGGCUGCUAGCAGCUCCUCAACAUUUGCUUGUUUUGUACAUAAAAUGUUAAAAGAAUAAAACCACACCUGUAUUUGAGAACUACAUUUUACACACCCCAAAAGAAUAAUUUCUAAUAUUUUCUAAGAGACUGUUUGUACUGUAGUUAUUGUUUACUCCUUGGUUGUCUUUUUGGUUCUGAUGUGUUUUGCUGGCGGAGAUUUGAGAGCAAAAAUGUAAAUACAGAAACGCACACAAGCCAUGCUACAAGUGUGUGUGUGUGUGUGUGUGUGUGCAACAAGCAGCGCUCUCUGUUUCUAAUAAAGUUUUUAACCAGG